UGUCCCGCGGCGGGGCGGGGCUAGUCUGCGCGGGGCGUUGCGCUCUCUCCCGGCCUGGUAUACCUCUCCGGCACCCGGCCGUGUACCUAGUCCGCUGGAGUCUUGGCCUGGCCCCAUGUACCGCGCGCUGUAUGCCUUCCACUCGGCUGAGCCCAACGCGCUGGCUUUCGCUGCUGGCGAGACCUUCCUGGUGCUGGAGCGCAGCAGUGCGCAUUGGUGGCUGGCGGCGCGGGCGCGCAGCGGCGAGACGGGCUACGUGCCGCCUGCCUACCUGCACCGUCUGCAGGGCUUAGAUCAGGAUGUCCUCCAGGCCAUUGAUCGGGCCAUCGAGGCUGUGCACAACACAGCCAUGCGGGAUGGUGGCAAGUACAGCCUGGAGCAACGUGGAGUCCUCCAGAAGCUGAUCCACCGUCGGAAAGAGACCUUGUCCCGUAAAGGCCUCUCGACCUCCAGUGCCACAGUUAUCACUGCAUCCACCAGUGAUCAUCAUUUGGAUGCUGCUGCUGCUAGGCAACCCAAUGGGCUUUGUCGAACCGGAUUUGAACGGCAAUACAGCUUGCCCAGCUCUGAACAUCUUGGGGCAGACGGAACCAUCUACCAGGUCCCACCCCAGGCUCACCAAGCAGCACCCACUACACCACCCCCACCGGUGAAGCACCGUGAUCACGAGGCCCUGGUGGUCUCGGGGAAUGGUGGCCGCAACACCACGCCCUCUAGGUGUAGUUCGGUGUCCAGUGGCUCUUCUGUCAACAGCUCUUCUCUGGAUAUGCUCUGUACCAGCUCCAGCCCCUCUGAGCUGGGCCUUGGCUGCUCCCCCACUCCCCCACCCGUGCCACGCAGAGGCACACACACAGUGUCCCAAGCCUUGCCCUCUCCCUCCAAGGCACCAGCCCCUGAGUCCCCUGCAGAGGAGGUAGAGGUUGGUACAACCUCACCCCCUAAUGACUUGGAGUCCUUGGGUACUCUGAGUCUCGGGACCAUGGAGGAGAAGGCAGCGUUGGAGACUGAUGUGCCAAGGACCAUUGGGGCAGAACUGAUGGAGCUUGUGCGGAGAAACACUGGCUUGAGCCAUGAAUUAUGCCGUGUGGCCAUUGGUGUUGUGGUGGGUCACAUCCAGGCCUCUGUGCCAGCCAGCUCACCUGUCAUGGAGCAGGUCCUCCUCUCGCUGGUAGAGGGCAAGGACAUGAGCACAGCCCUGCCCUCUGGACAGAUUUGCCAUGACCAGCAGAGGCUGGAGGUGAUCUUUGCAGACCUGGCUCGGAGGAAGGACGAUGCCCAGCAACGCAGCUGGGCCCUGUAUGAGGAUGAGGGCGUCAUCCGAUGCUACCUGGAGGAGCUGUUGCAUAUUCUGACUGAUGCAGACCCUGAAGUUUGCAAGAAAAUGUGCAAGAGGAAUGAGUUCGAGUCUGUCCUGGCCUUGGUGGCCUAUUACCAAAUGGAACACCGAGCGUCACUGCGCCUGCUGCUCCUCAAAUGCUUUGGGGCCAUGUGCGGCCUUGAUGCAGCCAUCAUCUCCACGCUGGUGUCGUCCGUGCUGCCUGUGGAGCUGGCCCGGGACAUGCAGACAGACACGCAGGACCACCAGAAGCUUUGUUACUCUGCGCUCAUCCUGGCCAUGGUCUUCUCCAUGGGGGAGGCAGUGCCCUAUGCCCACUAUGAACACCUGGGCACACCCUUUGCCCAGUUCCUGCUGAGUGUUGUUGAGGAUGGCCUACCUCUGGACAUCACGGAACAGCUGCCGGACCUCUGCGUGAACCUGCUUUUGGCUCUCAACCUGCACUUGCCAGUGCCUGACCAGAACAUCAUCAUGGCUGCCCUGAGCAAACACUCCAAUAUCAAGAUCUUCUCCGAAAAGCUGCUUCUGCUUCUCAACAGAGGAGAUGACCCUGUGCGCAUCUUCAAACACGAACCACAGCCGCCACACUCGGUCCUCAAGUUCCUGCAGGACGUGUUCAGCAGCACCGCCACAGCUGCCAUCUUCUACCACACCGACAUGAUGGCACUCAUCGACAUCACCGUGCGGCACAUUGCGGACCUCUCACCUGGAGACAAGCUGCGCAUGGACUACCUCUCCCUGAUGCAUGCUGUGGUCCGCUCCACACCCUACCUGCAGCACCGCCAUCGGCUCUCGGACCUGCAGGCUACACUGCGGCGCAUCCUGACUGAGGAGGAAACCUCACCCCAGUGCCAGCUGGACCGAAUGAUUGUCCAAGAGAUGUGCAAGGAGUUCCCAGUGCUUGGCGAAGCCCCCAGCUAGCACCUUCCUUUCCCCGCUUCCCUGCAGCUCUGAGAAGGGUGCAGGGGACUCAGGGGCUUCACCCUGAGAAUGUUUUGCACUGACAUUGGGAGGGGCUGAGUGGGUAGAGGGUCCUGAGCAGGGCCCCCAACCUCAAAUAGAUCCAACGCAAGAGGCCAAGUAUAGGAUUAGGGGUAUCCUGGGGUGAAAGGAAUAUACAAGCAGAAGCCCCUCCAUCCCUGGUAGUCUGCCUCUUCAGCAUGCCUCACCUCUGCCUCAAACCCCUUUGUCCCCUGCACACUCAGAGCCCUGCUGCUGCUCCAGGCUGGGCUGGAGCCCCAUCCCACCCGCCUGGCCUGUGCCCUGGGCCUCUGCAAGCCAUGUCCUUGGGGUGAGGGAGGGUGCUGCCCACCAGUUCUGCUCUUUGCCUUAGCUUUGCAGUGAGUGCUGCUCAUGUGCUCCCUCAAACCCCCUGGGAUCACUGCCCCUUGCUCCCAAUCCAGGAGAUCUUGGCCAAGCUGUUGCUGUGAAAGUGGAAGAUACCCAAGAAUAUCCAGGAGACACGCCAUCCAUUUUGGAGCUUCAUGAAGCAGGAUGGUGAUGCUGAGAAAGUCAAUGACAGAAUCUAUUUUCUCUAAAAAUGUAGCCUGAAAAGUCCUGUGUAUUUUCCUACGUGCUGUAGCUCAACUUUGGAAAUAAAUCAGAGGCAUCUGGAAUCAGGAUUCCCUAUAUGACCCUGGGAGAAGGGGUCAGUACCUUGUCCUUUGGCUUCAGACUUCUGCAACCUGAAGAGGCGACAGACCUGAUGGCCAUUCCAGCCUCUGUAUGCUAAGCUGUCCUGGGUCCCAGCUUUGCCAGGUGGCUGUACUUCCAGCCUCUCCUCCGAAAGUCACCCCUUUUAAAACUUUGUUCUCCUGCAUAGCUGUUAUCAAAUGAAGCAAGUCAUUUCCCAGCCGUGGUCUCCCUUAA